CUCAAAGUCAUAUUCCCUCUAUAAGAUCAGUAGAUAUUUGUAUAAUUAUAAGUGUAUAAAUGACAUAGAAUAAACGAGAAGUUAAUUUGUACACAAAAUCAGAAAAUGGUGAGACGAGCAGUUUUGAGUUUUAAUGUGAGUUUAAAAAUAGACUUUAAAAUAGACGUGUCUGAAUAUCGACAACUUGACUUUAGAUCAAUUGGAUUUUGUAAUAGAUAGAACCAAGAUUCAAGUAACAAAUAUUAUUGGAAAUAUGGCUGAUAACUUUGAUGACGAUUUAGUUCCAGAAACUGUAGAAGGUUACGUUGUGGGGGAAAAGAAAACAGUGGAUGAAUAUACCAAAUUAGAUGCUGAAGAUGAAAGUUUAGCCAAAUGGAAAGCAUCAUUAGGAUUAUCUGCUAAUUCAACUCCUUAUCCUGUUAAGGCUGGUGACAAUAGAACUGUUGUUCUUGUGGAAAUAGGUUUAGAAUUUCCUGAAUCAAAUGAUCUUAAACCUAUCUUCUUUAAUUUAGAAGAUGCUAAGGGUAACACUGUCAGUAAAGAUAUUAAAUUCAAUAUUAAGGAAAAAUCAGUAUAUCAAUUAGUUUUAAGAUUCAGAAUCCAAGGUGAAAUUAUUACUGGUUUGAAAUAUCUUCAUUCUAUUAAGAAAACAGGUAUUAGAGUUGAUAAAAUGGAAGAACCAUUAGGUUCUUAUGCCCCAAAUACAGUUGAAAAACCAUAUUAUGAAUCUAAUUUCGAUGCCGUUGAAGCUCCAUCUGGAUUCUUAGCUAGAGGUGAUUAUUCCGCUAUUACAAAAUUAGUUGAUGAUGAUAAAAAGGUUCAUUUAAGUUUCCCUUGGAAUUUUACUAUUACUAAAUAAUUAAUUAAGUUAUCUAGAGAUAAAUAAAUCUAAAAAAGUACAACUGUGAA